GGGGCGGCGGCGGUGGCGGAAGUGGGAGCGGGGCAGGAGUCUUGGCCAUAAAGCCCGAGGCGGAGGCAGCGGCUGCUUUGGACCUUUAAGAGCGCGGAGCGACUCACCGGUAGCAGAACUUGGACUUCUCUGUCCCUCAACUUCCUUGUUUUGCCUCCUCGGCGGGAGUCCUCGCAACGCGCCCGGCCCAGAGCCUCCAGCGGAGCGGCCGUGUUUGAAAGAUGACCUCUAGGAAGAAAGUGUUGCUGAAAGUUAUCAUCCUGGGGGAUUCCGGAGUUGGUAAGACAUCACUCAUGAACCAGUAUGUGAACAAGAAAUUCAGUAAUCAGUACAAAGCCACAAUAGGAGCAGACUUUCUGACAAAGGAGGUGAUGGUGGAUGACAGACUAGUUACAAUGCAGAUCUGGGACACAGCAGGACAGGAACGGUUCCAGUCUCUCGGUGUGGCCUUCUACAGAGGCGCAGACUGCUGCGUUCUGGUAUUUGAUGUGACUGCCCCCAACACAUUCAAAACCCUCGAUAGCUGGAGAGACGAGUUUCUCAUCCAGGCCAGUCCCCGGGAUCCUGAAAACUUCCCCUUUGUUGUGCUGGGAAACAAGAUUGACCUCGAAAACAGACAAGUGGCCACAAAGCGAGCACAGGCCUGGUGCUACAGCAAAAACAAUAUUCCCUACUUCGAGACCAGUGCCAAGGAGGCCAUCAACGUGGAGCAGGCAUUCCAGACAAUUGCACGGAAUGCUCUUAAACAGGAAACGGAGGUGGAGCUGUACAACGAAUUCCCUGAACCCAUCAAACUGGACAAGAACGACCGGCCCAGGACCUCAGCAGAUGGCUGCAGUUGCUGAAGGGGCAGUGAGAGUAGAGCACAGAGUCCUUCACAAACCAAGAACACACUUAGGCCUUCAAACACAAGCCCCCUCUCCUCUUCCAAAACAAAACAUAAAUUGAUCUCUCAUAUCCAGCUGCCAAAAGAAACUCCACCAAACACGUUCACCCCCAAACACAACACACACACAGAUCUGAUACAAGCAGACAAGCUUGAGCCCACGCCUGUGACACAGCUCCCUCGGGGUCUGC